AUGGAGAGGAACUUCCAAUCAGAGAUUCAGGCUGUGCUGCUGGCGCUUGGCCCCCUCACCGGCCUUCUUUACUCCUACUCCAAGAUAGUGUCCUCCAUCCGUAAAAUCUCUUCUGCUCAGGGCAAGUACAAAGCCUUCUCCACCUGUGCUUCUCACCUCUCUGUGUUGGCCUCUGCUGCACAUCCACCCAUCCUGAAACCAGAGAGUCCCUCCAUUGCCACUGUGAGGAGUCGGAGGGUACGGAGGAGAGGCGUCCCAAGCCAUCCUGAGCCUCAUCAGCUGAGUCUGCAACCAGAUACCAGGGCUCAGCCACGUGCUCCUGCCAUCGCCUUGGACUCGCACCUGCACACACCCAUGUACUUCUUCCUCACCAACCUGUCUUUUUCUGACAUCUGUCUCACCUCCACCACUGUCCCACAGAUGCUGGUGAAUAUUCAGACACAGAGCUGGGUCAUAACCUUUGAAGGCUGCAUUAUGCAGUUGCACUUUUUCAUAGUCUUUGCAAGUUUGGAAAACUUUUUUCUGGCCAUGAUGGCCUACGACUGCUUUGUGGCCAUCUGUUGCCCCCUGCACUACACAGGCAUCAUGAACCCCCCACGCUGUGUGUUCAUGGUUGUGGUGUCCUGGAUCCUGCGACUCCUGCAUGCCCUUUUACAAAGCUUAAUGGUGUUGCGACUGUCCUUCUGCAUAGACUUGGAAAUCCCACAUUUUUUCUGUGAACUUUACCAGGUGGUCCAACUUGCCUGCUCUGACACUUUUCCUAAUGACCUGGUGAUGUAUGUUACAUCUGUGUUGCUGGGAGGAGGCCCCCUUGCUGGCAUCCUUUACUCCUACUCCAAGAUAGUGUCUUCCAUCCGUGCAAUCUCAUCAGCUCAGGGGAGGUACAAUACCUUCUCCACCUGUGCUUCUCACCUCUCUGUGGUCUCCUUGUUAUACUUUGCAAUCCUAGGUGUGUACUUCAGUGCUGCAGCAACCCAUAACUCACAUUCAGGCACUACAGCUUCAGUGAUGUACAGCGUGGUCACCCCCAUGCUGAACCCCUUCAUCUACAAUCCGAGGAAUAAGGACAUCAAGAGCACUCUGAGGAGAUACCUGUGA